CCGGAGCCCCGCCGAUACGCGGCCUGCGCCCUUGGGCAGGGGGGUGGUGCUGAGGCUCAGAGGUGCUUUGGUCCUGGGUCUGCUUGGAUUCUAAUACAGCUUUGUUGAGACAAGUCACAGAGCAUAUGAUUUACCUGCUGGACGUGUACGAGCCGGUGGUUUUUAGCACAUUUGCAGAGCUGCGCAGCCACCCGCACCUCCUAAUUCUAGAACAUUUCCAUCCCUCUAUUAGACGCUCUGUGUGGCUUAGCGGGGCCCCCUGCCCCCUGCCCCGGCCUCCCGCAGCCACCCACCUGCCUCUUCUGGCCAAUUCGCAUAAGCAGGACCCUGUGACAGGAAGCUCUGUGUGCGGCUGUCACGCAGCACGACGGUUUGGGGACCCACCAGCGUGUGGCAUGAACGGGGCCCACAUUCCUUUCCCCGGCUGAGUCACGUUCCACCGUCUGGACCGUGCCCGCUUCUCAGUUACCUUUGCUCAAGAGCCCGGUGUGAGCCCGGCCCACUGCCUGUGCUGUGUGUGUGACAGGAAACUGCCAAACCGCCUUCCGCAGUGCGCGUGCUGCCCCGCCUUCCCGCCGGCCCCCGGGGCCCCUGCCACCGGCCCUCGUCGGCCCCGUUCUCCAUCUCAGCGCUUCUAACAGUGGACGGGAAGGACAAGACAGCAGCGAUGCCCGACUCUCCCGCCGAGGUGAAGAGUCAGCCCCGCUCCACGCCUCCCAGCAUGCCGCCCCCGCCGCCUGCCGCGUCCCAGGGGGCCACUCGGCUCCCCUCCUUCACGCCGCACACAAAUCGAGAGGACGGGCCCACGAUGUCCCUGCCCCACGGCCGUUUUCAUGGCUGCUUAAAAUGGUCUAUGGUCUGUCUUUUAAUGAACGGCACCCACUCGCCGACGGCCGUCAACGGUGCGCCAUCCACACCCAGUGGCUUCAGCAAUGGCCCGGCCACCUCGUCCACCGCCUCCCUGUCCACGCAGCACCUGCCCCCGGCCUGCGGGGCGCGGCAGCUCAGCAAGCUGAAACGCUUCCUCACCACCCUGCAGCAGUUCGGCAGUGACAUCUCCCCAGAGAUCGGGGAGCGCGUGCGCACGCUGGUGCUGGGGCUCGUGAACUCCACGCUGACCAUCGAGGAGUUCCAUUCCAAGCUCCAAGAGGCCACCAACUUCCCUCUGCGUCCGUUCGUCAUCCCCUUCCUAAAGGCUAACCUUCCCCUGCUGCAGAGGGAGCUCCUGCACUGUGCCCGCCUGGCCAAGCAGACCCCCGCCCAGUACCUGGCCCAGCAUGAGCAGCUCCUGCUGGACGCCAACGCCUCCUCCCCCAUCGACUCCUCGGAGCUCCUUCUGGAGGUCAACGAGAACGGCAAGAGAAGGACGCCUGACCGGACCAAAGAGAAUGGGUCAGACCGUGACCCACUGCACCCCGACCACGUCAGCAAACGGCCGUGCACCCUGAGCCCCGCCCAGCGCUACAGCCCCAGCCACGGGCCGCCCCAGCCCACGCCGCCGCCGCACUACCGCCUGGAGGACAUGGCCAUGGCCCACCAUUUCCGCGACCCCUACCGCCAUCACGAGCCCCGGGAGCUGCGGGAGCGCCAUCGGCAGCUUGCCGUACACGGGUCCCGGCAGGAGGAAGUGAUCGACCACCGCCUCACGGACCGGGAGUGGGCAGAGGAGUGGAAGCACCUGAACAACCUGCUGAACUGCAUCAUGGACAUGGCUGAGAAGACUCGACGGUCGCUCACCGUGCUGCGUCAGUGCCAAGAGGCCGACCGCGAGGAGAUCAACCACUGGAUCCGGCGCUACAGCGACACCGAGGACGCCAAGAAGGGCCCCGUGCCUGCCACCGCCCGGCCCCUCAACAGUUCCGUGGGUGCAGAGGGGUCUCAGCUAGACGCCCACCGGGAGUUCAUGCCCAGGACCCUCUCUGGCUACAUGCCCGAGGAGAUCUGGAGGAAGGCCGAAGAGGCUGUGAAUGAGGUGAAGCGGCAGGCGAUGUCGGAGCUGCAAAAGGCGGUGUCGGACGCGGAGCGAAAGGCCCACGAGCUCAUCAGCACAGAGCGCGCCAAGAUGGAGAGGGCCCUGGCAGAGGCCCGGCGGCAGGCCUCAGAAGACGCCCUGACUGUCAUCAACCAGCAGGAGGACUCCAGCGAGAGCUGCUGGAACUGCGGGCGCAAGGCCAGUGAGACCUGCAGCGGCUGCAACGCGGCGCGCUACUGCGGCUCCUUCUGCCAGCACAAGGACUGGGAGAAGCACCACCACGUGUGCGGCCAGAGCCUGCAGGGCCCCGUGGCCGCCGUGGCCGACCCGGGGCCCGGACAGCCCGACGCCACCGCCGGCCUGGGCCCCUGCCUGCCCACGGGCGCCGCCAGCCCCAGCGAGGCCAGCUCCGCGGGGCCCUCCCGCCCCGGCUCCCCCGGCCCGCCCGGACCCCUGGACGCCGCGCCCCGCUGACCCCCCCAGACCCCGCCACCCAGCCCCCCCGCCCCCCGCGGCCACCGCGCCCUCCGGCCCCGCCCGGCCCCGGCCCCCCCCCCCCCCCGGGUCCGCCGGCCGCCGUCCCCGACCCUGGGGCCCCGGGAGCCGGCCGGAGCCGCUGCUGCUACUGCUUCUCUCCAAAAGAAAACAGAACCGACAAAAACUGCAUCAACGCAACUUCCUCAGCAACCUGGCGGCCCCCCGCCGCGACCUCGAGCGUCCUCAGAGACCUCCCGCCAAGCUUUAGACGGCAGGGCGGCCGGCGUGCCCAUGCCAGCUCUGCCUGCCGCCCUCGUGCCCUCCGUUCUUCUGUCUGACUUUCACACACUGUCUCUUUAACGAACAAAAUCUAGUCGUUUGGUGGCUUAUGUUUUCGGUGAAGACUUUUGGGGGGUUUUGUGGAACAGAACUACUCAGACACGGACCCAGAAAAUGGGGGUUUUGUCCCCUUCCCGGUUAAAACGGGAGACAGAAAAUUGUCGUGUUAUAGCUGGAGGUCUGAGCCGCCGCGACACGGAGGCCGCCCCGGGGGCGUGUGGCCAGCGCGGUGAAGACGGUAAGAAGAAUUUCGAUUUCCGACUCGAGAAACAUGGUUUGCUUUCAGGUUAUUUUUUUUCUUUUAAUGUCAAACUCUUUGGCUUUAAGUAGAAAUCCAAAAAGGUUUUUGAAAAACAGGGAGGGAAGCACACCUGUCAACUACCUUGCCAGCUAGCCAGCCAAGGACGCCGGACACACCUCUGCUCCAAAGGAAACCCAAAAAGCAAACACAAAACGUCAAAAUCCAAAAUGUUCUCGUCACUGCCAAAGUACCUUUCCCACGGUUGUACCCCACUCCUGGAUCUGUUCAUCUGUCGUCCCGUUCUCUCGCUCUGAUUCCGUGUUUGGGGUGUGGGCACUCGGGGUCUGGAGGGCGUCGCCCGGCAAGAAGCAACGUGUCUCUUUUCCACGACGGCAGGGCCUCGGCUGGGCGCGCCGGCCCCGCGUGGACACGCGUGCGGGGGACGCCCCCGUCUGUCCUCACGCCCUCUGUGAAUCUUCAUCACGUUGCCUGUUUCCCACUUGUGAGAAAGCGCUAACGUGUCCUUCCCAGGAGAGAAGAGUUCCGAAACGGAACUGUGACAAUCUCUCGGGUUGAUUCUUGACUGCUUUUCGAAGCACCAGGAGACAGCAACUGGGCCUUCGGACUCCUGCUUCUCCGCAUCUCCUCCUCUACCUCUCCUCCCGCCCCACGAGGCCGUCCCACCGGCCCCCCCCCCCCGCCCCGGCCCCCCGGCCCCGCAGCCGCCACACCUGCUCCCGUCUCUUCACGCUGUCGCAGAAAUAGGAGAAAAGCCGCACACAGGAACGGUCUGCCCUCACCGCGCCUGCCGGACUCUCGGUCAGCUGUAUAUAACCCCGCGUCCCUGUCCAGCUGCUCCUUGGGGCGGUGGUCUCUCGGACCCCCCCCCGGCCCUGUCCCCUCCCCCCACUCAGCCGCCCCGACGAUCUCGAGGAGGCCACGAAGGCGUGAGGAGAGCCUCACGUGUACUCCCCGGGAGGAAAAGAGCAGACGCGGCCCACGAUCCGGCCUGCGUCGCCGUGAGGAAUUCCCGGGACUGGAGGGCAGUACGGGGCGUGAGCGGCUGCCGGAGUGGGGGUUCCUGGGCGCCCCGCCCAGAGGCAAGUCAGUGGUAUGAUGCGUUAAUGUGAAUGUACAUAGUCCUCGCAGAGGUCCCAAUGAUGAUGUUCAUGGCGACGGUAAUUAAAAAGGGAUGUUUGCCAAAUAAAAAAGAGAAACCACGGAAGCAUGUGAGGUUCAGGAAGUAGAUUCUCAAAGAAACCGGAACCGUGUUCCUGCGGGGAGCAGUGGGCUUGUUCGCUGUUGUUUUGUCAGAGUUGUAAGAACCCAUCGUGCAGUGCGCAGAGAAGGGGUUCCGCGCGGCUGCCUCGGACCGGGCGCCGCCCCGAGCCCCGCCUCACAGCCGAACCCAAUUCUGAAAGUCGCGAUAGACCCAUCUCAUCCUCCGGAAAUUUCCCCAGGCUCCAGCCACGGGUCUGCGAACCUCUCGGAGGUUUGCUUUCGUGGGUUCCAGAAAAGCAAGGACCGGUUUGGGAUUGGGGCUCUGGAUGAGCCGGCGGAAGCCUGCCGUAGUGUUUCCAGGCCUCCGUCUCUCGCGCGCGGGUGUCGGACCUAUUAAAAUGGUGGUUCCGGCUGUGCCCCUUGGAGGCCGGUGCUCUUGGACUCUGUUCCCCGAGGUUGUGCUGGUGAGUGGCUGUGUCAGAAGCGCAUCUGUCCCGGGUACGUGGCGGGUGUGGGUGGGCAGAUCUGAGGCCCCGAUGAUGCAUGUCCCUGACAUCAGGACUGGGGUGACGUAUGGAGGAGCCAGCCUGUUCCCCUUCCCCUCACGAGGUCGCCCUUUGGGGAUCAGCAGACACAUCAGAGAAAGUGGCGUGUUGGCAGCCGGUGGUGUCCCAGCCACACCACAGGCUGAGGGUCCGAGACGGGACAGCCCCUCCCACCCUCUCUGCUCUGGGGGCUGGUGGUGUUCCUGUGGGUCACUGUGCUCAGGCCGCGUUCAGCCCGAGACCUCGCCGCGGAACCAAACACGGAUGGCUGGCUUUGGGGAGGAGGACGGCCGGGGGAGUUUCUGCAUCGGGGGUCGGACCGGGACCAGGGCACGGCUGUGCCCCUGCCUCUCUUACGCCCAGAGGGGACCCGCACACGAGCAGGUCUAGCCUCCCGCUCUCUGCUCAGCGGCUGUCCCGCCCUGCCGCUUCCCGAGCUGAUAAACCAUGGGCCGGCAGCGCAGCGUGCGAGGGGCCCCUUCCCGCCAGCCACCGCCAGGGUUAGACACGACCCGCGGGUGACCCAGAAGCUCAGGGAGAUGCCGCUUCUCAUACAGCCUCCUUCCACCCAAAUCAAACCAAAACGGCACCUCUGCCCUUCUGAGACCAAAGCUGCCACAGGAAGGCAGACUGAGGCGGGCAGGCAGGGUGGCAGCCAGGACUCCAGGGCAUAGCGCCGAGCCACGUACGAUAGACGGGUGGGGGGGGGGGAGGGGACAACAGAGUGGAUGCUGGCACCCUAGACCCUCUCUGCCGCCCCCCAGUGUGACCCCCCGACCUUUCCCACCCCCUCCUCCGUCUCCUUGUUUCCCAUCCUAGGACAUGUCACCGUCCCCAGGUGAUGUCUGGGGGGUGCCAGUGCCUCCUAUCCCACGUGUAAGUGGGUGGGCACCCCCUCCCCCAGGCUCCAUCUGAAUGGAGGGUCUCCAUGCCCACAGCUCACCAGGACCGAAGGGAAGCCUUGGGGGUCCAGGAGGGUCAGGGCCGUAGGACGAGAGGAGCUAGACGCCCAGGCGAGGGGCUUCCCCGGGGCCCCCCAGGCGGGGCCCCUCAUCAAAGCCCCUAGGGGUUCAGUGGCAGAAGGAGACGAACAGGAGAGGGGCCAGGAGGUGUUGGGUUUGCUUUCAUCCCAGUGACAGUGGUGGAAAGGGAUCAGGACAGGCCCCGCCCUGCUCCUGUUUGCCAGCUUUCCCAAACGCAUCCUCCAAACGGCACCAAAGUCCUUCACCGUUCCAGCCUGCUCUAGCCGGCCUGUCUGGCCAUCAUUCUUCCCGUCCCCGCAGCCAACCUACAAUCGUUUCUUGACUCUUUUCUUUCCCCAGCUCGCUCUUCUGACCAAUCCAGCCAUCUGGCCAUCCGCCAACCCAUUCAUCCAUCCAUCCAUCACCUCUCCCUCUGCCCACCCAGCCACCCACCUCUCCGUCCACCCUCCCUCCCUUCCCUCCACCUCUCCCUCUGCCCACCCACCCACCCAUCUACCCGCCCAUACACCUAUCAAGCCGUCCAUCCAUCCAUCCAUCUCCCAACCCACGCGUCCACCCACCUACUCACCCGUUCAGCCAAAUACCCGCCCACCCAUGUGCCCAUCCAUUGCUGUGUCCCAGCUGUCACUCGGUUCCACCCUCCCCCAUUCAUACUUGCACCCGAUCACCACCUGCCUCUCCACCAGUCACCCCUGUACACACCACACACGUUAUCUGUCCGUUCUCCAAUCUAACCCACACAGCCGUGCCUCAGUCCACCCGCCCUGUUCGCCUCUCCAUCCACCGAACCCAGAGGAGCAUCACCAAGUCCCUCGGUGUUCCAAAGCUACGAGGGCAUUUUGGAUUUCCCGUGACCUUAACUGCCCUAAAGGAAUCUGCCCGUGGGCACGGCCGGCCUCCCCCAGCACCUCAACCGUUGGUCCCGGCCUGCUGCAGCGACACAUAAGGCAGUACUGCGAGCGUUGUGAGGAGAUGGGACCGAUGUCCCAGCGGUAGCUUUGGCCGGUCUGGGCCCGCCUGGCAAGUGUGGUGGCCGUGGGCCAGGAGUGCUCAUUGGGAGGUGGCCCACACACCUGCUCAGGGGCCCUGUGACCAGGGCCACCAGUCAGGGUGAGCACACUCCCUGGCAGGACCCCAACAUUGUGGGGCAGGCCGCCCUCUCCUGUCCUUGUCUCCGGGGGUCACUGCCGAGAGGAGGUGGCCUCAGGAAAGGAGAGGGUGGGGGGAGAGAGUGCCCAGCACCCCUGCAGCUCUUCCCCUCCCCAGGUGCUCGAGGCUGGCUCUGCCCACGUCCCACUGCCGCCUCCCAUCCCGGGGUGGCAGACCCUGCAGAGUGGCCGUUUAGAGCUCCGGAGAGAUGGAGGAACAGACCCUGCCCAAGCUGAACUUGGCCGAUGGCGGGGGGGGGGGGGGGGGUAUUCUCCCGGACACUAGAGGCCCCCGUGCCACAAGGGGCGUUUUCCCCAACGGGGCUGGGACCGCAGGUGGUCCUGCUAGCAAAUCUGCAGGAGAAGGAGCCAGGGAGCCAGGCCGGGACGCACCUACUCCUCCGCCCGUCCGGAGGAGGCCCGGGGAGGCCCGGCGUCUGCAACAGCACCUGUCCGCUCCCACGGUUCUGGGAGACUCCAUCUUGCAUGCUUUCUAUUCCUUCUUCCGCUCAGCCGGCCCCUGGAGUGCCACCCCAAGGACCCCCUUGUGGCAGCAACGCAACAUCUGGACUCAAAGUGGAGCCUGUUGUUUGCACGUUGCAACGGAGGAGGCGGGGGCGCCUGUCCACCUGGACAGAGGAGCCCAGCCGGGCUGGUCUUCACGGGCCAGGGCAGGCCACCCACAGCCUCAGGGGGACUGGAUGGAUGUUCCUCUUCCUUUUCUAACUCCCCAAAAGGAGUCGGACCGAGCGUCGGCUCGUUUCCCCGUAGCGGGUUUUCCCCAGCACCGCGGGACCCGUGGCAUGCCGUCCCCGUCGCGUGUCCCCUGACGUGCUUUGUCUGACCUGGGUGCUGUAAGACGUCACGAUUCAGGUCACGUCCGUUAUCCGUGUCUGUAAUAAAGCCAACGUUUGCCAUCA